UCCUGUUGCUGCUGGAUGUCCUUAGUUUCUAUCUCCCACUCCACUCUGUCAACAGACCACUGUUUAAAGUGACUCUCCUGUUGGGAUACAAUGUUUUUCUGCUCAUGACGAACAGCAUUCUCCCAAACAAUUCAGGAGGGACACCCCUUAUUGGGGGGUAUUUUUUAGUCUGGCAGGCACUCCUGGUUUUCAGCUUGUUAGAAAGCAUGUUUGUUGUUUACGUUCUACAUGGAAAGUAUCAGACCCAAAUGAAGGUUCCAUCCUGGGUCAGAACACUGGCCAUGUGUUAUCUGGCCAAACUCAUAAAUUACAAAGUGGACUGGUCCUGUCAGCAUGAGAAUGAAGAGAGGAUCUUCACCAUAAAACUACAUAAAUCCAGAGAUGACACCUCCUGUUUAGAACCCGACAGAAAGACGUUAAACUCAGAAGACACCAUGAGAGUUCUUUGCAAGAUUUGUAAUGAUGUGGAAGCAAUAUGCAGCAGCCUGAAAAAGCACCAUAAGAAGGAGAAAGGGCGCCAGGACUGGACUGAGGUCACCUGCAUUUUAGACAGAUUUCUUUUCCAUGUUUAUAUUGUGUUUGUAGCUGUAUGUGUACUCUGCCUCUGCGUUCUGUGGAACCAGUGGUAUAUCAGAUAAGGAAUGGAAAUAGAUAAGUCUACUCUGCCUCUACAUUCUCUGGAACCACUGGUAUAUCAGAUAAGGAAUGGAAACAGACAAUAACGGUAUGUCCUUCUGGGUCAUAGGCAGAAAAUAGAGUACAAUAGGAAGGUUAUACUUUGUAAUGCCA